AUGUUACUCUCGCCAAAGAGCUAUGUGUGGGUAUGCUUCCUUGUUUCGUUUACUGCACUUUCGGUUUCAACAAGGCAGUCUCGCACCGAUUGCCAGUCAACUUGUGGAACCGUCAAAAUCGAGUACCCGUUUGGGACCUCUUCUGAUUGUGUUGACGAAGGAAAGUUUCUCCUAAGGUGUGAUGAGAAGGAGCAAAAGUUGUUUUUGAACAACUCAAACUUAGAAGUGCUUCGCAUCUCCUCGGACGACGGAGAAGUAGAGGUACUGAUGAAUGUUAUUUCCCUAUGCAACAACAUGGAAGGAGAUGGUGGAAAUAAAAACCGAUCUAUAGAAAUACCUGGUUUUAUGUUCUCGAACAAGAACCAAUUCUUUCAAGUUGGUUGUAAUAUUUAUAUUUUUUACAUUUUCACGACGAGGUAUGGAGGAACCACCACAUUUACAUGUGAUACACAUUGCGAUUCUCUACGACCAGUAGAUAAAUUAUGUUCUGGUUUAAAUGGUUGCUGCCGUACUUCAGUCUCUAAUCCAGUGAAGUAUAUUGAUUGGUCGUCGUCGUCCUGCUCGUAUCCUUGCAACUAUGUUUUAAUGGUCAAAGAGGGAUAUUUCAUCUUUUCUGAACCGGAGGAUCUUAAAAAUCUCCGCAACAUUACAAGGUUUCCUGUGAUACUUGAUUGGACGAAACAAGGAACAUGCCAACAGGCUGCAAACACGAGCUUUUGUGGAGAGAAGAGCAGAUGCAGCAAUAAUGGACCCGGGUAUUCUUGCAAAUGUCUAGACGGGUUUGAAGGGAAUCCCUACGCCCAACAUGGCUGCAAAGACGUGGACGAGUGCAAAGUGAAUGUUCAUUCUUGUGGGAAGCACCAAACCUGCAAGAAUGUCGAUGGAACCUUCAGGUGCAAGAAGAAAAAGGAAUGGACAAAAAUCAUUCUUUCCAAACUUAGAGAGAGGCGCUUCGAGUCAAACGGUGGAGUCUUGUUGGCGCAGAGACUCCUAGAGUCACCGAAUCAGUGUAUCAAGAUAUUCACCGAGGAAGAGAUCAAGCAAGCCACUCACGUCACGAGACCAGUUUUCUUGGUGGAGGAGGCCAAGGAGUCGUAUUCAGAGCCACUCGCGAUCAAAAGAUCUCGAAACUGGGACCCUGACCAAGCUGGGCAGUUCGUUAACGAAAUCAUACUGCUUUCCCAAAUCAACCACCCUAACAUACCUCCACUUCUCGGCUCCUCCUCUAGACCUGUUCCUACCAGAACAGGCCAGCUCACCACAUUGGUCCAAGGUACCUAUGGCUACCUUGAUCCGGAGUAUCUCCGGACACGUACCUUAACAGAAAAGAGCGAUGUUUAUAGUUUCGGCGUGGUCUUGCUGGAACUGCUGUCUGGAGAAAAGGCGCUAAGCUUUAACCCCCCACACGGGGAAAGGGUUCUGGUCAGUCACAUAGACGCCGCGUUCAAAGGAAAUCGCCUAAGUGAGGUGAUGGAUCAGAGGGUGGUGACUGCUGACAAUCAGGCAGUGAUCCACCAAGUAGCUCUUCUGGGGUUGAGUUGCACCAGAAUGUGUGGAGUUGAACGGCCAGAUAUGAGGAGAGUGGCUGAAGACCUUCGAGGUUUACAAGCUUCAGGACAAGUAGUACUGCAGGAUGAGGCAGGUCCAUCUGGAUCCGCUUUUGAGAUCGAAGAAAUUAACUAG